UCUUUUGUUGGUUGCUUUGUAUUCAUACCAUAUUGUACCAAAUGUUGGAAUGUGUAAAGUGGUAUAAAACAUCGGUGCGCAGAGAGUGGGGCGUUGGUCACAGUUUUAUUUUUGAGGAGAAGCCCUGUCUUUUCUGUGAGUCUACUUUGGUUCGCCUCCCGGGAGCCCGAGACGGUCCCGGCGUGCAUCGCUCUCAAAUCCCAUGUGUCCUCAAACGUACUGUAAACUGGAGACCAGACAUCAUACAUUCCAGUGCACUCAAUGGAAAGCUUUUUCGUUGUUAUGCAGUGAGUUAUUCAUGUAGAAACAGCUGCCAAAAUGACUGCAGAAGUCGACAACAGUUCUCAAAUGACCUCACAACUGUCAAAUAGUGAUGGCAGUGCACAUGAAGGUAAUUCCAAAUGGUUAGAUGCCCACUAUGAUCCUGUGGCUAAUCUCUACACCUUCUCAUCUUGCAUGACCUUUUCCGACAUAAAUGGAGACGGUGAAAACAAGUUGGUGAUUGCUGAUUUGGGUACCGGCUCAUAUAACAUGAAACUCAAGGUAUACAAGGGUACCAGUAUCAUGAGUGAGAAUACCAUCAUUGAGUUACCAACAGGCGUCAGUACAUUCUUCAUGGACACCAAUGAACCAAGAGUACCAGCCAUUGCGGUUGCUUCGGGACCAUAUCUCUAUGUGUACAAGAACCUACGACCAUAUUUUAAGUUCACUCUACCACCAUUGGAUGUGAACCCGGUGGAACAAGACCUAUGGAACCAGGCUAAAGAGGACAAGAUUGACGUGACGGUACUCCGAGAGAUGUUAGAUAGUAUAAGAAGAGAAGGGAACGAAGGAGCGCUAACGGUCAGAUCUCUCAGGUAUUUAAUGCUACAAGACAAGGAACAAAUGGAGACCUUUGCUCAACUGCAUAAACAGACUGCCAUUAAGAGACAGACGGUGAUAACAUGUCUGGAUAUCUUGAAGAAGUCGUCAGCGGAAGAGGAUGGCAUCAGUUGCAUUGUGGUCGGUACAGAGAGUAAAGAAGUGUACAUCUUAGAUCCAGAAGCAUUCACAAUCUUAGCUAAGAUGUCUAUUCAGAGUGUGCCUGUAUUCAUGAGCGUCAGUGGCUUAUAUGAUGUAGAGUAUCGCAUCAUUGUAUCCUGUCGAAAUGGCAACAUUUAUUCACUCAAAAGAGGAAUGAAGAUGGCUAAACACUGUGUGGAAUUGAACAGUCAACCCGUUGGUUUGGAGAGAGUGGGCAAGAAUAUUGUGGUUGGAUGUAUGGAUCAAACUCUGCAAUGUUUUACUAUCAAGGGUAAGAAGCUUUGGUGUGUAUACCUCUCAUCCAGUAUUACAACAAUGGCCAUCAUGGACCAUAAACAGAAAGGCUUCAAGGCGGUCAUGGUGGCACUCAACAAUGGUGAAGUUCAAUUCUAUCGGGAAAAGUAUCUCAUCAACACAAUCAAAUGUGAUGAUGUGAUAACUGGACUUCAAUAUGGACGCUUUGGCCGAGAAGACUCCACCCUAGUUCUAACCACAAGGAGAGGAAGUCUACUCAUCAAGAUUCUUAAACGAAGCGCCAUGUUUGAAGACAAAGAUCUGGCCAGGGGUCCACCUCCUUCCCAAGCACAUAAACUCAAUGUACCUAAGAAGACUAAGGUGUUUGUUGACCAGACUAUGCGAGAAAGGGAGAAUGGGAUAUCUAUGCAUCGUAUGUUUCAGCAUGAUCUGUACCGUCUAAGGCUCAAUACAGCAAGGUCGUUUGUUAAAGCUCUUGAUAACAGCUUGACACCAAUCUCAUCUAAUCCUGCUGAACCGCUGAAACUCUCUGCUCAGAUUCAAGGUAUAGGACCAACGUUCAAGUUAACAGUAAAUCUUCAGAAUACAUCCCUUAAUCUACCGUCCAUGCAGCUUCUUAUAACGUUCUUCUAUGAUGAGAAACUCUACUCACUACAGAAGACUAUGAUUGAUGUCCCCAUGCUUGUGCCAGGACUUAAUUACUCCUUCGAGACUCUGGUGGAGUGUUUGAGUGAUAAGGGAAUCUCAGAUGUAAUCAAGGUAUUUGUGUUGAAACAAGGAAAGACUAGUCCUGUAAUUACAGCCAUUAUCAACAUGCCAGUUAGUGAAACAAUGGUGGUUGUCUAGUUUGAGGGAU